AUGAACUCAAAGUCCCUGCGUCGUCUCGCCGCCGACCACGGCUCUCUGCAUACGGCUGGCCUCCCGCCUAAUUACCUGUUUGCACCCGAAUCAGACGACGCUGCAGACCUCACGUCCCUCGACGUCCUCCUCGCUGGCCCCGUUGGCACCCCCUACGCAGGCGGUGUAUGGCGAUUGCACCUCGACAUCCCACCCACCUAUCCUGCCGCCCCGCCCACGGCACAAUUCAGGACCCGACUAUGGCACCCCAACAUCGACGAGGCGACUGGUGCCGUCUGUGUGGAGACGCUGAAGCGUGACUGGAGCAGCACGCUCAAACUCCGAGACGUACUGGUGACGAUAUCAUGUCUCCUCAUCCAGCCCAACCCGGCCAGUGCAUUGAACGAAGCGGCGGGCAAACUAGCCGUCGAGGACUGGGACGGAUACUGUAGGCGAGCAAAGCUCAUGACUGAGAUUCAUGCCGCCAUCCCCAGCAGUAUCGCCAAGGAAGUCAGAGAAGCCCAAAUGCGAGGCGAAGAGCAGGCGACUGAGCCUGAGUCGCAGUCUGAGCUCCAGCCCCAGCCUACAGCAAAACCUCACUCAAAAGGAAAAGAAAAGGAACGAGUCAAGAUCACACCGGCUGGACCCAGGUUACAACGGCGACCAUCCGAGGACGAAGAGAACAGGCGACGCAGGGCCGCAACUCACGAUGCAGACAGCGACCCAGAAAGCGACUGGAUACCCGGCCCCGUCAAGACCAGCAAAGUACCCGGCCGCCAGGAACCCAACAUCUUCGGCAUCAAAGGCCUCGAAGACACCAUGCAACUCGACACACCCCCGAAGCGCAUCUUCGCCGCCCAAACCAAAGCCCCCAUCUCCAAAGACAAAGGAAAAACCAAAGGCCCCAUUGACGAUUCCGACCCCUUCAUCACCACCGUACCCUCAAAAUCAUCUUCACGCCCCGUAACACGCUCCUUCGACUUGGCCGCUCCUCCCCUCGCUUUUGCUAGUACGUUACCACCACCACUACCGGCAGUAGACCCGUCAACCAGCAACGACGACGACGACAGCACAGCCACCCUCCUCCUCCGCGAUUUCUCCCUCUCAUGGCACGACACCUUUGCACUGCACAACAACGAUCCCGACGCCAAGAAACGCAUUGCAAGCCCAGAGUUCGAAGCAAAAUCUAAAUGGGAAAUCAAGAGGUUCCGCCAGGCAGGAUGUGAUUUGAAAAAGUUUAAUCGCGGCGAGUUUGGCGCCAGGGUUGGCCUGGGCAGGCUUUAG